CCUCAAAUUCCUUCGGCAUACAGAGCUUUGGCCAAGACACCCAGUGAAUCUUUUUCUUAUCACUGCAUUCAUUCCACCAAAAAGCCGACAUUGCACUCAUGAUUUUUUGGUAGUGAUGUUUCGUCAAUCUGAAGCAAGACAUGACGUAUACAGAAAGAGCCAUAUCAAUUGAUUUUAGGAGUACUUCCUUUCCUCCAAGAGAAAGCGUUUUGACAUACCAAGUUUCUUAUUAUUAUUUUGGGUAAGACAAUUGUUAGUCUAAAAAAUUGUAUAAGUGGUGAGAAGUGUUUACCGAAUCAAUUUCUUUUAUUGCCCUAAUGGGAAUUCUCAAUCAAAUAAUAAAAAACUGGUCGAUAAAAUAGACUUGGCUAUGUUCAAAAAAAAUAAAUAAAUAGACUUGGCUUGGCUUUUACAUGAAAAAGAAGAACACAGCUAGGGUCAACCAUGUAUCUGCAGAGUUUGCAAUCUAAGGCAUAAUCACUCGACGAUGGGAUUCUGGCGGAGUAAGAAGGAGAAUAGCAAAGUGGAGACGAGCAAUGUGAGUAAUUGUUUCCUCAAGAACGGAAGCAUGUUUCUUCAGCAACUCAUCGCUGACUGCAACGGCAUUUCAAACCCUAUCAGAAUGUUCACUUCCGAUCAAAUCUCCAAGGUCAACGAUCACUUCGACCCCAACUCUUCUAUAGUUGAAGAUACCGAUACAUACUUCACCUGGUACAAGGGCGAAAUCGAAGGCAGGCCUUGCGCGAUCAAGAGAUAUACAGAGCGAUUGUAUGUAGAAGAAGAGAUGGCUUACAACGACAUUGUCUUGUCAGCUAGGGUAAGUAAUCACAGUGGUUUCCUCAAACUCAUAGGUUGUUGUCUCCAAUUUCCUCGUCCAGUGUUGGUGUUUGAAAACCUAGGCUAUACAGUUUUGAACGAGAGAGGAACUGUUGGCUACGAGAGCGAGCCGUUGUUGCCGUGGAACUUACGCUUGAAGAUUGCGAAAGAGAUUGCGAUUGCUAUAACUUAUCUUCACACGGCUUUCUCUAGAAUCAUUAUACAUAGAGAUAUAAAGGCAACAAAUGUUUUCUUGGAUAAGAAUGGGACGGCCAAGCUCACUGAUUUCUUUCUUGCUGUAUCACUUACCGAGGGCAAAUCGUCGCUUGAAGAUACGGUGAUGGGAACUGCCGGAUACCUAGAUCCAAAUUAUUGCACGACCAACGUAGUGACAGAAUACUCAGAUGUGUUCAGCUUUGGAGUCCUUAUGUUGGUUCUUCUGACGGGAAAACAACCAUAUAAACCAGGUUAUCAUGAUUGGAAGUUUCUUGAAUAUGUGAAAGAUCUGCAGGAGAGAGGAGAACCUGUUGAAUUCGGGGGUGAUUCGAACGACAUGAAGCCUGUUCAGAUGAAAAUGUUUCUCGAGCUGGCACUGAGAUGCUGCGAGAAGAAUAAGGAAAACAGGCCAAAGAUGCUCUUGGUGGCAAAAGAGAUUAAGCUAAUAGAAACAGGAUCAUUCUAUUGUUCUGAGAUGCCUGAAAAUGGAAGCAUGUCCCAUCAGCAACUCAUCGCCGCUGACAUAUCAACCCUGUCCUAAUCUUGUCUUCCAAUCAAAUCUCAAAGUCCACGAGUCACCUCGACCCCAAGUGUUAUCUCAGUCCUUACAUGAUUGUCACAAGCUUUGUCUUUACUAUCCUUUUAUCUCUUACUUUGUCAUCGUGUCAUUUCCUUAAAACUGGUCUUCUGUAACCGGUUUGUACUUUGGUUUUCCGUUUGUAUUUGUACGCUCAAACAGUAUGUAAUGCAAGGCCCCUUGUCGGCCAGAAAAUAAGUAAUCCUCCUUUCCUCUCUCUUUCUCUGGCUUUCCCUUCUUCUUAGUCUUCUUCUGACCAUGCUCUCUUUGGUCAUCUCCGAUCCUUCUUUACUUUCUUUUCAGCUUCAUGUUAACACUGCUAUCAGAGCUUGACGAUCAUGGAGACCACACAACAUACAACUUCUGAGAUCAGCAAACAAGCCAAGGCAAACCAAGAAUCAAGCCCAACACACCGAAAUCCUUAGCAACGAUCUGCAUUCAGAGUUGGUACUCAAGGAAACGUUCCUAAAAUACUUCUCCUAUGGACCUCCUCAGACUCUCUCCUCCAGUCCCCUUGGCUGGAUCUUCAGUAAUAUUUUUUUUUUCGUUGUGG